UUUCUUUGUUUACAACUGUGACGAUGAACAGUGACAGACGCCGCUACUGAAACAGCGUUAGCUAUUUCGAUUUGGCUUACUUCAAUCCAAAUCAUUAUAAAAAUUUCACUACUUUUUUGUUUGGAUUCUUAAAUUUUUGAAAUUUGUUUGAGAAUUUAGGAAGAAAUGUCAAGGUUUCGCGGGAUAUGGCAAGCUUCCCUGAAUGCAACCAAGAAAGCUCUGACAUGGAAUGUUGAUGAUUGGAUCCCUCCCGCUGAAAAAUACAUAUUCAGUUUCAGUUCAAAAGAGGAGCUCAAGAAAUGGCAUCUUUAUUCUGAUGCUGAAUUUGGAGGGUUGUCGUCGGCUUCAUUGGAGAUCAAAGACGAUGCUAAUAAAUCAAGUGUUUUCUCUGGGAAUCUUUCCCGGGAUGUAACUGAAGGUACAAAAUGGAACAUAACUAGGAGCGGCUUUUGUGGAAUGCGGUCUAAGAAGUUUGAUGGCUUCAUUGAUUUGGAAGCAUAUGAUACAAUAGCAUUAAGGAUUAAAGGAGAUGGGAGAUGUUAUAUAUCUACAAUCUAUACAGAAAAUUGGGUGAAUUCACCUGGACAGAUGGAAGAUAAUUCAUGGCAAUCUUUUGUUUUUGUUCCCAAAGACAACUGGUACAUUGCAAAGAUACCCCUGGAUCACUAUUUGCCAACAUGGAGAGGAAAUGUGAUAGAAGCAAAAUUGGAGAUGAAUCCAUCUCGUAUACUGGGGAUGUCUCUAUCAGUUAAUGCAGAUGGUGGUGUCCCUGGUGCUAAUUCUGGGCCUGGUGAUUUCAAAUUGGAAAUUGAUUGGAUUAAAGCCCUCCGUACACAAUGAAUGAUUCUGCUCUACCUUGGACAAAAUCCGGGCCUUACUUCGAUUUCCUCAUCAUAACAGGUUGUUUUCACAAUUCCGGUUAGAAAAAUGAAAAAGGUUUAUGCUUCCCGAUGGCUGUAAUUUAUUCUUCUUUCUUUUUCCAUUACUUUAUCUCUGGUUUUACUGCCAAUGAUGGAUUGAAAUCUGAAACCAACACCUCACAUUUCCGGCCCACCCUAUAAACACUAAAAAGGAAUCCACGCUAACCAAUUUUCUUAAAGACAUGGAAACUUAGGUCGUUUAUGUGUAGUGGGUAAGAGUAAGUUUUAAGUAACCAUAUCUUGUUGAUCAAGUUACUGAUAAGUUUUGUGUAUGGUUAUCUGUUUGGUCAUGUAAGUGGCAGUAAUACGAACUUUUAGUGAAUCAGUAAAUGAAGUGAUUUUAGUUUGUUAUAA